GGGAGGGUCUCGCGUCCCUUGUGUCUUUACGUGACGAAACUUAGGAUUCAUGUGAUCGGAUUUGUGUGAAACGUGAAGUGGCGAUGCGGCGUGUAGUGUAGUGACUUGUGGCCAUGACGACCUACCCCGACUGGAAUGACACGCUGGUCAAGCCUUUCGAUGAGUUCCCCCUCCUCAUGCCGAGGUGGGGGUACGUGGCGUCGGCCUUCGUGCUGUUCCUGAUUGGGUUCUUUGGGUUCUUCCUUAAUCUGAUGGUCAUCUUGCUGAUGUAUAAGGAUCGGCAGCUAUGGACGCCGCUCAACAUCAUCCUCUUCAACCUAGUCUGCUCCGACUUCUCUGUCUCCGUGCUGGGGAACCCCUUCACCCUCAUCUCUUCGCUUUUCCACCGCUGGAUCUUCGGGCACACCAUGUGUGUUCUCUACGGGUUCUUCAUGGCUCUUCUUGGUAUAGCAUCAAUAACAACCCUGACCGUCCUCUCCUUCGAGCGCUACAUGCUGGUGACCAGGCCGUUCAGCUCUCACCACCUGAGUUCCAAAGGCGCCAUAGUGGCCAUCAUGUUCAUCUGGAGCUACUCGCUAGCUCUCACUACGCCGCCGCUUAUGGGAUGGGGCAACUACGUCAGCGAAGCUGCUAAUAUCAGUUGUUCCGUGAACUGGCACGAGCAGAGCAUGAACACAUUGACGUACAUACUGUUCCUGUUCGCGAUGGGCCAGAUCGUCCCGUUCAUCAUCAUCACUUUCAGCUAUGUCAACAUCGUCAGGACUCUUAAGAACAACUCGCAGCGCCUCGGCCGCGUAAGUCGCGCGGAAACCAAGGUCACAGGCAUGGUGUUUGUGAUGAUCAUCUCCUUCACCGUCGCGUGGACACCCUACUCCGUGUUCGCUUUGAUGGAGCAGUUUGCUACUGAGGGAAUCAUUUCGCCGGGAGUGGGGGUCAUACCGGCUCUCGUCGCUAAAAGCUCCAUUUGCUACGACCCUCUAAUCUACGUCGGAAUGAAUACUCAGUUUCGGCAGUCCAUUAAACGGUUCUUCGGUCAUCAUAGUAAGGGAGGACUCUCUCAAACGGAAAAAGGAUACGACAACACCCUAAUGUCCCCCGCCCACAGAAUGUCCUGCCUCAACGACUCCUCCCGGCAGUGUUCAGAGACCAACGUCUCCAUCAUCUUAAAAAAGCCUAAGAAUAAAAAAGUAAUUAUCGCCGAAGAUGCCUCAGAAGUCACAAAUAAUGGGACCAUACGGAACUUCCUUAGAGAAACCGAGCUGUGCACUAUUAAAGAAACCAGGACUUCUUCGGAAGCUGAACGAUCUGUGGAGACCACGCACGAGGACGACAGCGGCAGCAGGAAACAAGAGUAUGACGAGUCUUCGAGGCUGUUUGAGGACGUCCAGGCUACAGACAAGCUUGAUGACGUCACCUACAUGAUGAAAAACGUUUACGGAAAUUUAGCUUUCGAGGAACACGUUACGGACUCCCCGGAGUAUGACAACAACCUCAGUGAGUUCAGAGUCACCAAGAAACCUAAACUGAUCAAACACAGCUACUCCCUCGACCUUAGCGGCGUCUCCAACCAAAGCAAGAAGAGGAAACUCUCUAUAGAAAGUAAAUUAGAGUCGCUGAACCAAUCUAAACCCUUAUUUAAGAGUACGGUAGUGAGUAAGUUCAUCGGUCACAAUCCUAAACUCGGUCAAGAUAACUUCAAAAGUUAUCUAUGUCGUUACGACAAAAACGAAAGUUACGACAAAAAAGACAAUUUGUAGCUGAAAGAGUAAAAUGAGGACUAGUAUAGUAGAAUCGGAAACGAAAAUUUUAAAUUAUUUAUAUUUUGUAAUGCAUGAUCGAAGGAAACUAGUAUAUUUAUUCUGUGAUCCUCUCUUAUUGGAAGGGUUAUUAGGUGCUGUGCCGAUCGGCAGUAUUUAAAAAAAAGAGCUAUCGUCAAGUGUCUGUGAUAUAGAUUUGAGUGCCAAACGAAAAUGAGCAGGUUUCCUUGAUGUUUCGAGUAUAGUAUUUGCUAAAGGCGUUAGCAAGAUUGGGGAUGGUAUCUCAUGAAUUCGAGUAAACUUAGUUCUGAUUACAGAAGAUUACUGUAAGGAAGUUGCCAAUUAUUAUAAAAUAGUAUUAAUAAUUAUGUUUUAGCUAGCGUAAGACAAAGUAACACAUCGAUUGAGUUUGUGUAGUUUGAUGUUCGAAUUUUUAAUGCGAUUUUUGCGCUUUAUGAGCAGCGUGUACGAAAUUUUAAUGUAUAGUUAUAUUUUCUAAAAUUGCGGGAACUCCGCUUGUCGUUAAUGUUAAUAUGUAUCAUUGUCUUUUUAAUAAAUUUGAGAUGUGUGGCGAAUAAUAUCGACACCCUGUUCCUAAGGGCGAGCCUUGAGGUAACCGACAGACUGGUUUAAAAAGGCUAUAGGUACUUAAUCCAGUGGGUCAGUACUGGCCCCAUUAUAAAAAAAAAAGUUAAUAAGUUGAAAUUUACU